GUAAAUAUACAUUUCAAACACUUUAACACAUUUUGGAAUUAAGAAAAAAUAAAAAAAAGUAUUAUAAUUCCUUAUUAUCAAGAAAAUAUAACAAGGUGCUAGCAGCAAGGUGCUAGGUACGUUUUGCCCAGGUGCCUCGUGGGUUUUUAGACAGACAAUCGCCUCGAGCGUAUAAUUAAACCAUUUGCUAGCCAAACCAACCCGUUUUACCUAGCCAAGUUUUUCCGUUUUUCCGUUUUUCCGUUUACCCGUGGCACUAAAUUAUCUUGUAUUUUAAAGCCUAAUUAGGCGACAACAGAGUUUCGUUCAAAGUUUUUCUAGCCAGCCCCCCAAACAUUUUUAAAUACACCCAAAUGGGUAAUCAUUCUUAGUUUAGAUUUCCCAGCACUCAACUCAGUAACUCAGUAGAGAACGAAAUGUCAAAGCUAAUCGAGGUGUUUCUGGGGAAUCUGUGGACGCAGCGUUUUACCUUCGCUCGGAUGGGCUUGGAUCUGCAGCCCGACAAAAAGGGCAAAGUUUUGCGAUCUCCGCUUCUUUUUAGUAUUAUGUGUCUGACCACAGGCUUCGAGCUCUGCACCGUGUGCGCCUUUAUGGUUCAACAUCGCAACCAAAUCGUGCUUUGUUCCGAGGCCCUGAUGCACGGGUUACAGAUGGUCUCCUCGCUUCUGAAGAUGGCUAUAUUCUUGGCCAAAUCCCACGACCUGAUGGCCCUAAUUCAACAGAUACUGGCGCCUUUUGCGGGGGAAGAUCUCGGGGACACGGAGUGGAGAUCGCAAAAUCGGAGGGGCCAACUAAUGGCUGCCGUUUACUUUAUGAUGUGUGCCGGCACGAGUGUGUCAUUUCUGUUGAUGCCAGUGGCUUUGACCAUGCUUAAGUAUCAUUCCACUGGGGAAUUCGCGCCUGUCAGCUCGUUCCGGGUGCUACUGCCAUACGAUGUGACUCAACCGCAUGUUUACGCCAUGGACUGCUGCUUGAUGGUAUUCGUGUUGAGUUUCUUCUGCUGCUCCACCACCGGAGUGGAUACCUUAUAUGGAUGGUGUGCUUUGGGCUUGAGCUCCCAAUACCGUCGCCUCGGUCAACAACUUAAGGGGAUGCGCUCCUGCUUCAAUCCACACCGUUCUGACUACGGAUUAAGUGGUCUAUUCGUCGAGCACGCUCGUCUGCUUAAAUUAGUGCAACAAUUUAAUUUAUGUUUCAUGGAGAUAGCUUUUGUGGAGGUUGUAAUAAUCUGUGUGCUCUAUUGUUCAGUAAUUUGCCAGUAUAUAAUGCCACACACCAACCAGAACUUCGCCUUCCUGGGUUUCUUUUCGAUGGUAGUUACGACCCAGUUGUGCAUCUAUCUUUUUGGUGCCGAACAGGUCCGUUUGGAGGCUGAGCGAUUUUCCAGGCUGCUAUACGAAGUAAUCCCUUGGCAAAACCUUCCUCCACAACACCGGAAGCUUUUCCUUUUUCCACUUGAGCGCGCCCAACGAGAAACUGUUCUAGGUGCUUAUUUUUUCGAACUGGGCAGACCUCUUCUUGUUUGGGUUGUUGAUGAUUUACUAUCUGAUCUAUGUAAUUUUAAUCUUUUUCGUAAUUAUUUAAAGAUAUUUCGCACAGCAGGCUCUUUUACCACUCUGAUGAACGCUCUCUACGCAAAAUACGAAACGCAUUAAAAACAAUAUGUUACUCAUAUACCUGAAGUCAACCUUUAUGGGUCAAUGAAGGCAUUUAUUAAAUGAA